AUGACAAUUAAUAACAGUCUUAAAAUACUUCAAUGGAAUCCAAAUGGAUUCUACUCCAAAUUAGACGAAAUCAAUUUACUAUUAAACAAAUACUGUCCAAUCUCAAUAUGUCUACAAGAAACUAAUUUUAUCAACGACAAGGUCUGCUCCCUAAAAAACUACACAACAUACUACAAAAAUAGAACCAAUGCUGGCAGAGCCAGUGGUGGCGUGGCAAUCUAUGUAAAUUCAAAUUAUCACUCCGAAGAAAUUAUCAUUAAUACCAAUCUAGAAGUGGUUGCAGUAAAUGUUUUAAUCAAAAAUUCAAUAACAAUCUGCAAUUUAUAUCUACCAAACUCUCAAAAUUUUGAGCAAUCCGAUAUUCAAAACAUUAUUAAUCAACUCCCCUCCCCUUAUAUUCUCUUAGGAGACUUUAACAGCCACAGUCCUUUGUGGGGCUGCUCCACUCUUGACUCACGAGGAUCAAAAAUCGAGCAAACACUAUACAGCAACAAUGACCUCAAUAUACUUAACAGUGGCCAAGCUACAAGAGUUAGCGCAAGCACGGGACACUUUUCAGCCAUCGACCUUUCAUUCUCAUCAGCUACAAUCACUCCCUACAUAGAUUGGGAUGUCAUACCAGAAUUAUCAAGCAGUGACCACUUUCCUAUCAUUAUGACGCUAAAUCACACAAACUCCCAUAAUCAGUAUACUAGAAAAAAAAAAUGGAAAUUAAAAAAUGUCGACUGGAAUAUAUAUCAAACGGAAAUUGAUAAAAAUAUUGACUCAACUCCUUGGACUCAUACUAAUAAUGUAGAAGAUAAGAUAAAACUCUUCACCGACCUCAUUAUAAAUACAGCCUCUGACGUUUUCGAAUUAACUAGUUACUCUGGAAAGAGACCUCCAGUCCCUUGGUGGAAUAAAACAAUUAAACAAGCUAUACGGAAAAAAAAGACUGCCUUUAACAGAUACAAACGAACCUUAGACCUACAAGAUUUUAUACAAUUUAAAAAAAACAAAGCGCUAGUCAGAUACCUUAUUAAAAGUGAAAAAAAAAAGUCAUGGAUAAAUUUUACAUCUAGUUUAAACAGUCAUAUUUCCCCAACCUUAAUGUGGAAUAAAAUUAAAACAUUAAAAGGAGUCCCUUUUACACAAAUAAAAACACUGUUGGUAGGGCAAACCGUUUUUACAGAUCCUAAAGAGAUAACCAACCAAAUAGGACAGUUUUUUUACUCUAACAGUAGUAACUCUAGUUUGAAUCCAGACUUUUUGAAAUUUAAAGAAACGCAAGAAUUGAUUACCUUACCGAGCCCCACAACAGCAACAAGUCAAGGUUCAAUUCUCAACGAUCCUAUCACAAUGUCAGAACUUAACUCUAGUCUUGAAGGGAAAAAAAGUAACAGUUGUGGACCAGACAACAUACCUUUCUUAUUUCUCCAGAACAUCUCCAUUAAAGGUAAAAUCCUACUCCUCGAGUUGUAUAACAAUGUUUGGUCGUCCGGCAUUAUACCAUCGUUAUGGAAAAAUGCUAGCAUUACCCCUAUUCCUAAGAAAGAGCAAGACAAACAUAAACCUUCAGGAUAUCGCCCUAUUUCUGUCUUAUGUAACCUGAGCAAAACACUUGAAAAAAUAAUUUUUAACAGGCUUAAUUGGUAUGUACAAAGAUUCAAUCUGUUAUCUCCAAACCAACACGGAUUUAGGAAAUCUCACUCCACUUCUGAUUGCCAUGUUAAAAUUGAAACAGAAAUACUAGAAUCUUAUGCCAACAAACAAACCAUGAUUCUCAUUAGUUUAGACCUUCAGAAAGCUUAUGACACAGUCUGGCGACAUAGAGUUUUAAAUAUACUGAGGAAAUGGCACAUUAAUGGGCAAAUGUUACAAUUCAUAACAAGUUUUCUUAAAGAACGUUCUUUCCAAGUAAGAAUUAAUGAACACAUGUCAGAUAAAUUUGAUCUCGAGAACGGAGUCCCACAAGGAUCCCCCCUGAGCAUUCUACUUUUUCAAGCUGCAAUCAACAACCUACCUGAUGAAAUUUCACAUCCCGUCAAAUCAAUUAUGUUUGCCGAUGACACACAUAUUUAUCUCAAAGGGAAAAACAUUAAAUCAAUGACACGUCAACUCCAAGAUUGCCUAAAUGAUCUGUCCAAGUGGUGCUUCCACUCAGGUUUUAUUUUCUCACCAGAAAAAACCAAAUGUAUAAUGUUUACCAAAAAGAAACAAAGUUUAAAACCAAAGUUAUUUUUGGGAAACACACCCUUACCUUUUGUAAACAACAUAAAAAUUCUAGGUUUGAUUUUUGAUAGCAAGCUUACUUGGAAACCUCAUAUAAGUAAGACCAAAACAACCACGACCAAAAGUAUCAAUAUCUUAAAAACGUUGAGCCACGCUGAAUGGGGAGCUGAAAGUAAUAUAUUAAUCAACUUAUAUAGAUCUCUCGUUAGGUCCAAAUUAGACUAUGGAUCCAUCUGCUAUACCAAUACAAACCCUAAUAUUCUUAAAACAAUUGAUAUAAUUCACAACAGCGGUCUAAGAGUUGCAACUGGAGCAUUUAGAAGCAGCCCCAUUCCAAGUAUAUUAUCUAUCUCUGGAGAACCUCCCCUUCACAUUCGUAGAAUCAAAUUAGCUCUAAAUUAUAUUGCUCGCAUCCUAUCUUCCCCAGAAAACUCAACAUUACCAUUUUUAACACAAAAUCGUUUUGAAAAUACAUUUUGCUCCAAUCCGAAUCUAAAAAAACCACUGGGUUUAAGGAUGUUAUAUGAAAUGUCACACACCAAUAUUGAUCCUAAUUUAAUUAUCAAACGAGAAUGCAGUGUGGUGCCUCCUUGGAGGGUUCCAAAAUUUCUUGUGGACACUAGUCUAGCGGAUCAUAGUAAAAAAGAAACGUUAAAUGUUAUGUAUAAAAAUUUAUUCAAUGAAAUCAUGGACUCUUUUCCAUCUGAACCACAAAUCUAUACAGAUGCAUCCAAAACAAACUCAGGUGUUGCGAUCGCUAUCAUAAACGGAGAGCAAUCCAUAUCGUACAAAUUAUCAGACCAUAACAGUAUAUAUACGGCGGAAUACUUUGCACUCCUGGAAGGAGUCCACCUAGCAUUUCAACUACCCGAUUCCACCAUUAACAUUUGUACAGAUUCGCUCAGCGCUCUAAACAAUCUGAAAUAUAAUUUACACUCAAGCAUCCUAGCAAUCAAAAUAAGCAACAUCAUUGAAAAAGCCAACAAGAACAUACGGUUUAUAUGGACACCUGGCCAUUGUGGAAUUGAUGGCAAUGAGAAAGCUGACAAAGUAGCUCGUGAAGCAGUAAAUAACCCUCUGACCGAAAUACGCACGUACUCCUCACUCAUCGACAUCCAUAGGAAUGUCAACACCUUUUGUACCAGUUUAUGGGAAUCUGAAUGGCGUCGUACAACCAAUAACAAACUUAGAGAAAUAAAAAAUACUACCGAAUACUGGCCUAAGCCCCAUACAUCAAAUCGCAAAGAUGAAGUAGUUAUCAAUAGAUUACGUAUAGGUCACUCUAAGAUGUCCCAUGGACAUCUUAUGCGCAGAGAAGAACCAGCAAUGUGCCUAACCUGCGGAGAACCUCUCACAGUCAAGCAUCUCCUUAUCCACUGCCGUAUCCAUAUAGAUACCAGAAAAAUUCUAAAAUUGCCCGACAACCUCUUUGAAGCCCUCAGCCCUAUCCAUUACAACACCAACAAAAUAAUCUUAUUUUUAAAACAAAUCGAUAUGUAUAACUUAAUUUAA